ACGGCCAAUCGUGUGUUAGUUUGUGGUGUGCCGAAAAAAAAACUACAACCGACUACGGUUGGGUAGCAGAUAUGCUUUCAGUUGACCGUGGGAAUUCGAACAGGAAGGACUAGCAGGACGCCGGAUAGUACACAAAUGUCAAACAGCGACGGAGAAUGUAGUGACGUGAUUCGUACUUUCUACAAAGCGAGUGUCGUAGGAUUAGCAUCCCAUAAAUUAAGUGGCGUUGUGCUACUCAUUCUGGAUAAGCAGCAAAAAGCAUCAUAAAUUUGCCAUAACUGCACAUAAAAGUAACUAUGGGAUGUGGUCCUUCCAAUUCGUCAGCAGUGCCUGUAGACGGUGAUAGUGCAUCAACCACGACUAAAGCAUAUCCGCCGCCGGAAGCGUUCGAAAUUCCGCUAGAUGAUGAAAACCCAGAAAGCCUAAUCAAAAAACACCCACCCAAGCGACUGAAACGCCUGGAAGAACAGACGUCCGACCCGCCGAGCAUCGAGGACCUUGAGGAAAAGCUGGCGACAGCGGAAAUGAGACGACAGCAGUUUUUGGCUAGUCGCGUCCCGAAACCAUCCUCCACCUUGGACAGUGUAGAUAUUGCAGAAAAUGGCAACCUCCACUCCGUUAUCGUGGAAGAAGAUGAAACUGAAGAAGCGGACGAUGAAGAUAACAAAUCCAGCCCAGCUCGAGAGGUGAAACGGGACGAGAGCAGCGAAAAUGGUUAAAAAAUAAAAUCAUUAAAACUCGGCUGUUUAUUAAACAUACAUUUAUUAAUCUUUUCACUUGCAUUAUAUACUUUUAAUUUUUGUUUAUAUAUAGAUCAUUUGAACCUAGGUUUUCACAUUUUCAAUAAUAUUAAUCAAUCAAUCAUUAGUCAUAAUAAUAAUAAUAAUAAUAUUUUUGGCAUACCCGUAUAAUACUUUUAUAAA